AUGUAUCCAGGUCAAACAAGACAGCAAAAUACUUAUAACGGUGGCCAAUACGCACCUCCUCAAGGCCCUCCACCUCAAGGUUUUGCUCCUCCACCGGGCCCUCCUCCAAGUGGAUAUGGUGCUCCACCGCCAGGUCCUCCUCCUAGAAGUUAUGGCCCACCAUCAGGCCCUCCGCCAAAUGUUCAAAUGCAACAACAAGCCUACAAUUCACACCAAGGUCAAUAUAGUUUUCAAGAUCCUCGUAAUGGCCAACAUACAACUUUUGAUAGACCACAAGCACCUCCACCACAACAAACUCAAGUCAUUGGUAAUGGGUACAGUUAUCAAUAUUCUCAAUGUAAUGGUAGAAGAAAAGCUUUAAUAAUUGGGAUAAACUACAUUGGGACAAAAAAUCAAUUGAGAGGUUGUAUUAAUGAUGCUAAUGCUAUGUGUAAGUUUCUUAUUGACAGAUUUGGUUAUAAAAAGGAAGAUAUUGUCAUGUUGACGGAUGAUCAAAGAGAAAUGGUUAAAGUCCCAACGAGAGCUAACAUUAUAAGGGCAUGUCAAUGGCUUGUGUCAGAGGCUAGACCAAAUGAUUCUUUGGUUUUCCAUUUUUCAGGACAUGGUGGUACUCAAAAGAAUCUUGAUGGUUCAGAAGAAAGUGGAUUCGAUAGUACUAUCGUUCCUGUUGAUUUUGAAGCAGCAGGUCAAAUUAUUGAUGAUCAAUUACAUGAUCUCUUAGUUCGUCCAUUACCACCAGGUGCAAGAUUAACAGCAUUUUUCGAUAGUUGUCAUAGUGGUUCUGCUUUAGAUUUGCCAUUCGUUUAUUCCACGAAAGGUGUUAUUAAAGAACCAAACAUGUUGAAAGCAGUCGGUUCAAGUGGAUUGAGUGCAGUCAUGAGUUAUGCACAAGGUAAUAUUGGAGGUGUUGUAUCUUCGUUAAGUGAUGCAUUCACAAAAGUUUCCCGUGGUGGUUCACAUAAUAGAGAGCAGGAAAUUGCUAGAAAUUUCUCACCUGCCGAUGUUAUCAUGAUUUCAGGUUCUAAAGAUGAACAAACUUCAGCUGAUUCGACUGAAUUUGGUGUCGCUACUGGUGCUAUGUCGUACUCUUUCAUCAAUGUUAUGGCUUCACAACCUGUCCAAAGUUACAUUUCAUUGUUGAACAAUAUGAGAGCUGCGUUGUCAGGCAAGUAUUCUCAAAAACCACAAUUGAGUGCCUCACAUCCUAUUGAUGUGAACUUGCAAUUCAUUAUGUGA